GUUGCCGUUUCCUCUGUGAUCCCUUUUUACUCCAUUCUAUCCUUGUUGGAAGAGAGUCCAAGUUGAAUUGUUAAAUUUCUUCUUAGAUCAUGUUUCUCCUAGACUGGUGGUAUAGUGCGCUUGCGAGCUUGGGUCUGUACCACAAGAAUGCAAAGAUCCUGUUUCUCGGUUUGGACAAUGCCGGAAAGACAACAUUGCUACACAUGCUGAAAGAGAACCGUGUGCAAGUCCACGUCCCUACGUUGCAUCCGAACACGGACGAACUCAUCAUCGGCAACAUCAAGUUCAAGACUUUUGAUCUUGGUGGACACGAGACGGCUCGUCGGUUGUGGCAGGACUAUUUUACAACCGUCGACGGCGUCGUGUACCUUGUGGAUGCCAUCGACCGAGGCCGCUUCCCCGAAGCCAAAAAGGAACUCGAUGCCUUGCUGACCAGCGAAGAGCUACAGGAUGUUCCGUUUUUGGUACUCGGAAAUAAAAUUGACAUGCCCACAGCGGCUUCGGAAGAAGAACUUAAGUAUGCACUGGGUUUGAUGGAUACCUACGGUAAAGACAAAGGUCCGGACAGCAGCUCAUCAGUACGACCGAUUGAGCUGUACAUGUGUUCGGUCAUUCGAAGAAUGGGAUAUUCCGAUGGAUUCAAAUGGCUUUCCCAGUUUUUGACUUAGGGUGGUGCAUAUGGACGACAUCGUUGGACGUACGUGUCGCUUUCUUUAUUCCGCAGCGGUAUAAUCUCUAUGAAAAUAUGGUCAUUCCAACAGCAAACU